UUUCCGCUUUCUGAAACAUAAACAAAUCAUGACGGAGGAACUGAAGGCAAGUCUGCACAAGUUAAUGUCCAUGGUGGAUGGCCUCCAUGCAAUAGUCAUCACAGACAGAGAGGGAGUUCUAAUGCUGAAAGUGGCAACAGAGCAGGCUCCUGAGUUAGCCAUGAGACCAAACUUCCUGUGUGCAUUCGGCCUGAUGACAGAGCAAGCUGGCAAGAUAGGACUCUCGCAGAAUACAUCGGUCGUAUCUAUGUACGAACACUACCAGGUGGUCCAGCUCAACAAGCAACCCCUCUUGGUGUCCAUGAUAGCCAAAUCUGAUGCCAAUACAGGUGACAUCUUGAACCUGGAAAACGAGCUCUCUGAUGUGUUAAAUGAAGUUUCAAAAGUGAUCAACAUGUCAUAGCACACCUGAACAAAUCCAACAUGUGAUGGAGAUGAUGUACAGAGCCAUCAUGUCAGGAGGACAGUGAUUGGCUGGCCUUGUCACUUGACAUUCUGCGGCAUAUUAUCCAUAUAAUUGGGAAAUGUCACUUGCAACACUCUGUUAUAUUGAGGGUUAUGGUUGCUGACCCUUACUUUGACAUAACUUUGACCAUAGCCCACCGGUAACCCUGAACUCUCCCUGACUUCCUGGUGACGCUGACCUACUGAUGACCCUGACCUUCUACCAACCCUGACUUUGACCCUGACCUAUAGGUGCACCGGAACAACCAGUUCUCUGAACUCUCCUUGUCCCAG